AAUGACAGCCUACUUAUGUUGGGGACGGUAAACCACUACCUCACAGGAUUUAGACUUCCCUCAAGCUACAACGCAACUCAAAACGGAGUCUCUCAUUCCUGGGAAGAAAUCGGAGUUGGUGCUCGGAUGGCGUCGUCAGCGCCGACGGCCUCUCAAAACCCUAAAAAGACGGUGGGGUUUAUAGCAAACGCAAUAAAGCAUAAACAUAGUUUUAUUCAGUUCUUUGCAAUGACCGGAAUUUUGCUUUUGAGUGUGAGAUCGUUGGGUCAAAAAUACCGGCUCCACGACCUUGAAGAGGACACGUCAGCUCUUAAAGAAGAGCAGAAAACCCUAACGACUCGAUUGAAUAACAUCAGGCAGGGUUUGCUCAACGAAGCCUCUCUUGAUUCUACUGGCCGUUUUGCUUCUCGCCUUCGCCUUCUCUUCGGCGACGAAAAUUAAACUGUUCCUAUGUGAGUUGUUUAUGUUCGUCUUUUUGUUGUAGUUUAUGAUAUCAAUAAUCAAAAGUUUGACACUUUGUUUUCGCUGUUCGGAAAUCCGCAUUACUUCUAAUUUUAACAUUGUGAUUUAUGAACACCUUACUGUGACAGUUGAAAGGCUUCAAUUUAGCUAAAUUUGUCAAACUAAUCCAUUAUGCUAGUGUUAUAUUACUCGAGGAUUUUCCAAUUACCUAGUGGAAGUUAAGAAUACUCUAGUUUUGUCGUAA